CUUGGUCUCCAAAACAAACAAAUAAAUUUAAAAAAACAUUUCAUCCUCCACAUCUAGUUUAUCAAAAAUACCUCUACAGCUAAGCUAAAUCCGUCCAUUCUAGCAAUUAUAAAUAAGCAACCCAAUGCCAUGUGAUUCCUUUGCACUGCAACCCCUUCAUAGCUUUAUCAUGACCCCAAAUUUCACCAUUUAGUUUUGUUCACGGGUGUUCAGUGCCUGAGUUAGCCUCAAUUAUUGCUCCUAAAUUACCCUUCCCUACAUGCUUUUGACUCCAUAGUUCUGGAUAGCCGAGUUACAUGCCCCUUUUACUCACUCCAUUAAAACAGAUAAGCAAGCAACGAGUCAGCUGCUUCAACCACGGAAAGAGAAAAUCAAGAACACGAGAUAGUGGAAGGUUUAGCUGAUUCCAACCCAGAAAAUCUUCUCUUUUGUAGUUGUAUCUCCACCAACUACUACUACUACUAUCCUCUAUCCACACUCCAAAACUCAUCUUCAACUUCAUGGUAAAUGCUCUAUAAGCUAUUCAUUGAAGCCAACCAUUCAUAGGGAAAAGUUAUGUGGAAGUUUGUCUCUCAUCUCCCAAAAUCUUCUGCCAUGAACCUAAUGAUUCUCUUCCUUUUUUCUUCUCUGUUCAUUAAGGCAUACUCUUUGAAACCUGAGCCAGCAAAAAAUAAUGCCCAGAUCACUGUCAUGGGCCUUGUUUAUUGUGACAUUUGCUCCAACAACAGCUUCUCCAGACACAGCUACUUCUUACCAGGUGCAGAAGUUCAAAUAGCCUGCAACUUCAGGGCAUUUGUUCCAAAAACAAGAGAACAAGUAUCAUUCUCAGUCAACAGAACUACAGAUAAACAUGGAGUUUACAGGUUGGAAAUACCAUCAGUUGAUGGGAUCGCUUGUGCAGAGGCAGCCAUUGCAUCAUCUUGCCAGGCAAGCUUAGUUGGGACCUCAUCUACUUCAUGCAACAUUCCUGGUCACAGAAGCACUACUGAUCAGAUAGCUAUCAAAUCCAGACACCCCAAUCUCUGCAUUUACAGCCUAACUGCAUUGAGUUUCAGACCAUCAAAAAGAAAUGUUGCCUUGUGUGGGAAGUAAAGCAACCCUACUUUACAACAUCCAUAAGAAUAUUUCUUUUGGCAACUUUUCCAAUUUAUCUCUUUUUAAACACACAAAAAGGCCUUUUGUUUUUGAAGAUAAAUCCAAUCUCCUCAUCCUUAGCUAUCCUGUGUGAAGGUUCUUUCCAUUUCUCAGUCUGCACAUAAUACAAGAGAUGGAGAAACCUUAAAUUUUAAAUACCCUUUUGCCUUGCAGCAUUACUUGGUGCUCUUUAAAGAAGAAGAAGGGCAAUCUAGUACUAAGCAUUUUCAUCCUUGCAUUGUUUUUAUGCUUUGUGUGAGCACAGUAAAUUGUGCCCAGGUCAAGCAUGUGGACACAUGAAUAUUUACCAUAUUUUAUUUGGAUUGGUUUUUAGUUACAGUGUAUGAAAUGUAUGAUGUCACCAAAGAUAUGAGAACAACAGUCUUUUAAUGAAAUCUGAAAAAAGA